CUGCUCUACAAUGGUGCAAGGAAAGUUUGUGUCCUCCCUAAUUGUUGUGUUCACUAUUCUUCUUCUUCUUCAACUUGUCUCUGCCGAUGACUGCGAGUUCCAAACGAAGCACUAUGCCAUCUCUGGAUUUGUUGGGUUUGGAGCCGUGUUGGGAACCUUUCUCUUGAUUGGAAGUAUCUGCAAUGUGUCUGCGUACUGUGCUGGCCCAUCGUCGAAGAAGCCAUAAACAAAAGAAGGCAGAAAGAUGAAGAUAGGAAUAUGUAGGAGAUGAUAAAUAAAUAAAUAUGUAUUCUAAAUAAAUAUAUUGUUGUUUUGCUAUUGUAUCCCCUUCUAAAUAUAUAUUUUUGUUUGUUUGUUAACUGUCACUAUCUUGUUUAAUACAUUUUCAAUUAAACGAGUAACAGCAAUGUAAUGUUUGAGAGAUAAAAUAAAAUCCUUGCUUCUUUUUUGGAAUGUUCUUUUGUAGCAAUUUCC